UAAAAAUUGCUUGAUGUUACAUGUAUAUUGAAUUAAAACACGUCAUUCCCAGUCAACAACUUUCGAUUGGGAUCGGAAUACGAAAUAAAAUUUCUUAUAUCCGGUUGCAAAGUGAAACUGCUUCAUGCUUCAAGUUAUUGGAUUACGUAGUAAUUGCACGUUACACAUUAGAGAACUGUGUCUUUUAAUAAAGAAAGUCACAAAAUAGAUACAAAAUGAGUGUACCUUAUUCAUUACUGUUACCGAGCUUUCGUCGACGAAAAUCUCGAAAUGGCGUGUUUCGCUGCGCUUGAUGACGGAAACUGUAUUCUAAAUCAAAACAAUGAUGGCUGCAGGGGCAGGCCAAAUGGACACUAUCAUUCUUGCUGGUCGUGUCAUAAUUACUUCACGUGCUCCAAUUAUAAUACCUACACUAGGCUGUGCAACCCUCGUUCUUAUGUCUUUGACGAUAAUGCCAAAAAAUGUUUGCAGAAAUCCAGCACAUGUACUCUACCAAACCUAUUCCUAUCAGGACUACCAAGGAAGAAGAGAUCUGUUGGGACAAGCAUCGAACGUCUUAGUGAGCAGUCCCAGGAAUAUAAUUUCAAAGGCUGGACUAUACUUGUUUUGGGUGCCCUUGUCGGUGUGGUGUUUGUGGCAUUGACCAUUGCGGCUGCCAAUUCGUUCUUGAAGAAGCGACUGAAGACCUUACAUGCUGAACAUAGAUGUUGAUUCCUCAGAAUCAGAAUUCAUUUACAGUCUAUCAAAAUCAUUCCGACAAAGAUGAAACUUGAACUAAACAAUUUUAUCCUUGUGAAAAUAUUCAUUAGACAAUGUGUUGAUGGAAUGAAAUCUAAGGUCAUUUUUCUGCACAUGCGUGUAGAUUCACGUGUUUUGAAUUUAAAUCUGACAAUUUAAAAGAAAUUGAGGAUUCAAAACAUAUAACAUUGCAUGGAAUUCAUUAUAUACAUGUAUAUGCAUGUAUUCCGUUCAAUACAAUUCAUUAUAUACUGUACAUGUGUAUAUUCCGUUCCAUAGAAGUGAAGACAAUUUAGGAGGAGCUAAUGCGGUUUCUAUUUAAUGCGGUCCGCUAGUUGCAUUUCCUGUCGUAAUUUAAUGCGGUCUGCUAGUUGCAUUUCCUGUCGUAGAAUUCCUGUUAGGAGUGAAAUUCAAUGUAUAUCGUGAGCUUACAGCUGAUUUAUUAUACCUCCCGCAAACGAAGUUUGGGGGGGGUAUACUGGAAUCACUUUGUCCGUCUGUCCGUCCGAUUGUCCGUAGACGCGAUUUGUCCGAAGUUUAUUUCUAAUACCGCUGGACAUAUUUCAUUCAAACUUUAUGCACAUCUUCUAUAUAUUAUGUAGUUGUGCAUCUCCUAUUUUCAUUGAAAUAUUUUAACAGUUAUAGAAGUUACGCACAUUUUCUUUUCAUGUUGGGGGUUGCGGACUUUGUCCAGAGUUUAAUUGUAAUACCGUUGAACAGAUUUGAUUCAAACUUUAUUCUCAUCUUAUAUAUAUAUAAUGUAGUUGUGCAUCUUCUAUUUUCAUUGAAAUAUUUUAACAGUUAUGGAAGUUACGGACAUUUUCUGGUUUGGUUGUACAUGUAGUAAAGUAAUAGACACAAUUUGUCCAGAGUUUAUUUCUAAUACCGUUUUACGCUCAUAAGUCAAUCAGGAAUUGAAAAAGUGGAAAGAAGUUCAACAAUGAAGUUCUACCAAUACUUGAGCUAAUGUCAUUUAUUUACUGACAAAAUCAAUGACAAAGUAAAAUUUGCAUAACAUAAUGAUCUUUAACAAAGUGAAUAUAAACUAAAGACUAGAAGAGUUGACCAGGGAUUUGCAAUCAUACAGCCUAUAAUGUGCCAACAGAAUUCUUUGUUUAUAUUAAGCAUAUUUUUAAUAUUUCAUGUACUGCUGUACUGUAGAAUAUACACUUCUGUAUUCACAUUGAUUGCCCUGUAGAUAAUGUGAAAAUAUCCAAUGUGCUUGCAUUAAAUAUUUCCCAUCAUCUUAUAUGCCCCGCGGGGGGUAUUAGUCCCAUUAGGACAGUUCUAGUUUUUCUUGUAGGAUUAGUUCAAUUUGAAAAUUCAAAAAAUAAUAUUGAUCAUCGUAUUGUAUAAAACCAUGCACACACUACCACAGAGAG